GCCUUCCCCGACGCAGCGCUGCCCAAGGAGCUGCCCGGAGGCCAGUCCCAUUCCAAGUGGUACAAGGUCUCUGUGCCGGACCUGGUGGCAACGGCCCAGGCCUCCAGUUGCGAGCAGGUGCAGGCCUCCGUUCGCGUUGGGGACGGCUUCAGGUGGUCCCCUUGGAAGGCUUGCAAAGAAGUUCCCGUCCUUCUUGAAAAGCCCCGUGCCCCGGAGGGAGCUGAAGCUCUGGCGUCCUGGAAGAAAGUCUGCCGUAUCGAGUGGCCACUUGCAAUCGCCCACGCCGGCAUCCAAGAGGUGGAGUACCAGUUGCUGGUGAUCCCGGACAGCGCCCACUUGAUGCCCUUCGUAGGUGCCCUGGUCGUGGCUCCUGCAGCAUCGGAGGCAGCGCCCAUGUCGCCGAGGGGUGGCCCGGGUGGGCGGAAGAAGGGCCGCAAAGAGGGAGCCGUGGCGGGGGCGGGGGUCCCUGCGGCGGGCAGCAGAAACGGGUACCCCCAACAAGGCACCGGCAGUGGCGCCGGCGCCCCCUCGGCUUACCUGGUGGCCGGGCAGGCGACGCUGAAACCUCGUCGCGAAGGAGAGGGCGAGGACGGCGGGGCGGCUGUUGUGCUGGAGUUGGCGGAGCUCUGCCCCGAGCUCCGCUACGCCUUCCAGGUCUUUGCUCGCUAUCCCACUGUGGGGCCCCGCGUCUUCCAGAAGAUCUACCAGGUUGAGAAGAUUUCGAGAAGUAGCUCCUCAGAGGCCGUCGCAACACUGCCCCUCCCUGCACAGGUGCCAUUCUCUUCGGAAGAAAGCCAGGAGAUGAUGCAGCGGUGGCUACAAGAUGAUAGCCAGCUCGUGCUGCUGACCUGGGACGGUCUUCUACCAGAGGCAGCCAACCCACGGCAAGCGAGCCAGGAGCAAAGGCCUUUUGUCAGGCUCGGCUGA